GAAUGGCGGGACGUCUGCUUCUCCGGGGCUGCUCGGCAGCCAUGCAGCUGAGAGGAACCGCGGUGGUCCGUCCGGUUCUGCGCACCAUGGCGUCCUCGGGAGGAAUCCCUACAGACGAGGAGCAGGCCACCGGCCUGGAGAGAGCCACCCUGCAGGCCCUCAAACAGGGAAAGGAUCCCUACAGCAUCCUGAAGCCCAAACACUACACUGGUACAAGGGAAGACCCCCACAUCGUCCCCAGCAUUGGAAACAAGAGGCUGGUGGGCUGUCUCUGUGAGGAGGACAACACCGCAAUUGUGUGGUUCUGGCUUCAUGAGGGGGAGGCCCAGCGCUGUCCUUCCUGUGGAUCCCACUACAAACUGAUCCACCACGACCUCCCGCAUUAAAGACGAGACAACCCUUUGUACAAACCAUAAAACACCAAAUACUUUGUUUCUGUAGAGGAUUAAAGAUUAACAUUAAAAUGUGAACUUGAAA